UGUGAGUCAGUCAGUCAGUUAGUCAGUCAGUGGAAGAGACUUUUCGCUAAAUGGAGUAAACUAAAAGAGCCCACUUUUAACUUAAGAACAUGCUUUCCACUCGAGGCCAGCAAGGGUUGGCCCUGGCUGUGGUGUCCCUUGCAUCUCUGGGGGUGGUAUAUGUGAUCUGUUUAUGGUGCCGAAAAAGGAAAAGGAAGAUAAAACAAGAAGAAAAUCAACUAUAUGAUCCGAGAGAACCACCAGUGAUUCAACGUGAGGGAAGCAGGUUUGCUGUAACUCGGUCCAAAACAGUUACGAAACACAAUCAGAUUUCCAGGAGGCCACCACCAGAGGAGCCCAUAGACGCUGCUGCCAUUACACCAGAAGGGCAAGCUAGCUAUCAAAACAUCAAAGAAUUUGGUACUUGUGAGCCCACCUAUGUAGAUCCCAUUCCAACUAAUUUAUACGGAAAUGACCCUGAGGAAGAUCAGUGCUCAUACGAAAAUGUCUUUCCUACAUCUUCGAUCAAACACCAAUCUGAUGGAUCAGAUUAUGAAAAUGCUGAUUUCCUGGUGCACAAUAAGAUAACUGACGAUGAACUGGAUGAACCAGAUUAUGUCAACCAAGGAGAGACUUAACCUUGCACUUUACGAAAUGUAAAUUAUUUCUGCACUGUGAAACAUUUGACCUUUCAAAGUGGAGGCGACACCAGUGGUGGCUCUAGUCGAGGCUUUUGUGUCAAAGUACACACAACAACAGAAGAGAACCAUGUUACUUGCAACUCAUCUGCCUCUCUUUAAAAAGUGUAUAUUAUUAUUGUUUCAUUUUAAGUCAGUUGUUAUUGUGUCAUUUUAACAUGUUUAACUGUAACCUUAUGUUUUCAUUAAAGAAAUGUUCACACAU